AUGACCGAUCAGGUCAACCCACCCACACUCUCUCUAUCAACCACGUCCACCACAAAUACUAUCGCAAUCAACAAAGACUCCAACCAAGAAUCGUGGUUGCUGAAUCAGCAGGCCAAUGGCCAUCAGACCGACAAUGGAGAGGAUGAGGAUCAUGGACAACAACAAGACCACGAUCGCGAACACCCGGAUGCACCUCCUUCAAAGAGACGGAAAUUGGUAGACAAAGAUGAGAAGAAACACAAGUCGUCUCCACGCGCUAUAUCUCCACCAUGGAAGAGUGUCCAUGCUGACGGUCCGACCUCCUUCCUUGAGAACGGGAAACGACGGUCAGGACGAACCAACGCAUUGCCUCUGCAACUACAACCACAGUCAUCGAAACGUCAGACUCGAGCUGCACACGACAAAGCCAGCGAGAACCGUGUGAAGCCUGCCUAUAAUGACAGCAAACCCAAACCCCAGCCCAAACCGCAAGCCAAGCCUGUUCCAAAGACCAAACCGGAACUCCCGAAACAUGCCAAAACCCCGUCUACCGAUAGCACGAUUAUGGUCAGAGGUCCAAGCCAUCGAUCUUCACCCCGCGUCCCGGUUGUCAUCCCCCCUGUGAAGAAGGAGGCCAGCAAGAAGACCCCUGUGAAGGCUUCUCCUAGUAAAGAUGCUUCAUCCUCUACGCGCAGGUCGGCUCCUGUCGCUGCAAGGUCAAUGAAGGAGGUUAUCAAGCAAAAAAAGCUGGAACUCAAACGCGAGCGCAAGGAGCUGGAAAAGAGGCGGAGUCAGUAUGGACUGGACGAUGGUGAUAUCGACGAGCUCACCGAUGAUACCGAUACUACCUCCGAGUCCCUUGAUCUUUCACUUCCAUACUCAGGCUCUCCUCCACUGAUAAAGAAAGUUUCCUUGCAUGUCCGCCCUCCGCAACCACUUGUAACGACUCCAGCCAACAUUCCUGUGCCACGUCAAUAUGCUUCGUUCGAAGACUUCAUUCAACAGGACCAAAUAGAUGAGACAGCCACCAGACCACCCUGGACAGCCAACCAGAUUCGUAAAGAGGCUACGAAAAGGCUGAAAGUUCAGCUUGCUACUCGUCGUGGUCAAUCUGCCACUUCGAAACUACCUCCAAGACAAGAAGAGCCUGCCAAACAAUACGCUCAUCAUGAUCAUCUCUUGGCUCACAUCAGCUACUUCAGGCUGCUUUUGCAAAAGGAAACAAAAGAGCAUAUGAGAAAUGCUCAGAUAGUAGCUCACGAGGCACAGCGAUAUCUCGAAGUCAAACAGGCCAAGGGACGAGUCAAAAGUGCUGAGGAGGUCCGGAAGGAGCAAACUCUGCUCUGGAUUGCAAGCUAUAAGUCUGUUGUCAGAGACCUGGGCAAGCUUUGGCAGUCUGUUGAGGCUGAGGUCAAUGCUGCUCGUUUACGCCAGUAUGAGCAGGAGCAACAGGAGAAGAUCAAAGGACAUCUCAAUCGUGUCCUCGAACGAACAAAUGACAUGGUAUUGAAGCGUAACGAUACUGACCUUGCAGAUUCUGACCGGAGUGACCUUGAUGACGGGGAUGAGUCCGACAACGACAGUGACAUGAGCGAUUCUGAAGAUAGUGAGCAAAUGUCUGUUUCUGCUUCCGGUUCUGCAAACUCGCUCGAUGGCGACAUCGAUCCUGACGCCACCAUGACCACGGCCGAGCUCAAAGCAAAAUACGAGAACCUACCUGAUACAGAGCCCGCUUCUGCCGCUCCUACCUCCGAACCAGACGCCGAAGAAGAUUCUGAUCCAGAGACAGUCAUGGACAGUGAGCUUGACAGCGACGAAGAGGAGAAUGACGAUGCUGAGGACGAGCAAGAAGAUGAGGCCAGUGACGAAGAAGAUGGUGGUGGUUUACUUUCACUUUUUUCGAAGAGAGAGAUUGCAGACAUGGCCCCAGAAAACGAUCUCGACGAAGAAAUGGCUGACCAGCCAAUUACCGAUGAUGAUUCUGAACCACUUCCUGGCACUGAGAAGACUCUAGUCCAAGAGCCUGGCAAGGACACACCACCUGUGCAGCCUCUUAUUAAAGAAGUUGCGGAUCCAAUGGACCCGGACCAGAUCAACGAAUCCACAGAGGCACCUCUCCCAUCAACGAACAGCUUCCCACAUCCUACACAUGAGGAAUUGAACAGUAGCCGUGACCAGAGUGAUCACACGUCUCCAGGGACGUCAAUCACCAGGGUUACAGAGGCAGAGUCUGUGUCUUCUAUUGAGCAGGCUAAUGAGCAACAACAUCAGGAACAAGAAGAAUCUAAAUCGAAGCACAUGACACCUGUACCACCACUCCUCCGUGGCACCUUGCGAGAGUAUCAGCACGAAGGACUCGACUGGCUUGUCAACCUCUAUGCAAAUGGUAGAAGUGGUAUCUUAGCCGAUGAGAUGGGCCUGGGCAAGACUAUACAAAGUAUCGCUCUCCUGGCUCAUCUGGCUACAACUUACGAAGUGUGGGGUCCUCACCUGAUUGUCGUUCCGACCAGUGUUAUGCUCAAUUGGGAGAUGGAAUUCAAAAAAUUCUUACCUGGCUUCAAGAUACUGACAUACUACGGAGACAUUAAAGAGCGCAAGCAGAAACGGCGUGGCUGGAUGGCUGACGAUGCUUUCAACGUCGUGAUCACGUCCUAUCAGCUGGUCCUCCAAGAUGCGUCGUCUUUCAAACGACGGAAAUGGCACUACAUGAUACUUGAUGAGGCUCACAACAUCAAGAAUUUUCGCUCCGAAAGAUGGCAGACGAUGAUGACAUUCAACACUCGAGCGCGACUCUUGUUGACUGGAACACCUUUGCAGAACAACUUGACUGAAUUGUGGUCGCUACUUUUCUUUCUUCACUACGGCCAGGAGAGCGAGGGUGAUGACGAUGCUUUCGCAGGCUUGCGAGAAUGGUCUGAAUGGUUCAAGCGUCCUGUUGAGUCAAUUCUAGAGCAUGGCAAGCAGGUGCUUGAUCAAGAAGACCAAGAACAAGUCGCCAAAUUGCACAAAGUAAUCCGACCCUUCCUGUUGCGAAGACUGAAAGCCGACGUGGAGAAGCAAAUGCCCGGAAAAUACGAACACGUUGAAUUGUGCCGCCUAUCAAAACGUCAACGUCAAUUAUACGAUGGUUUCAUGUCAAGAGCUCAGACAAAAGAAACUCUUGCUUCUGGCAAUUACCUAUCAAUCAUCAAUGCCUUGAUGCAAUUGCGUAAAGUCUGCAACCAUCCCGACCUCUUCGAGACCAGGCCAAUCAAUACGUCAUUUGCGAUGCCACGAUCGGUGGCCGCUGAGUUUGAAAUUACAGAUUUACUACUUCGUCGGAAACUCUUUGGCCAAGACCCAUAUGACAACAUCGACCUUGAUUUUCUACAGCUUGUACCAAUCUCGGACGAGUCUAUGUCUAAGUUACAGUGGAUCGAGAUGUCCAGAUGGAAUGCUUACCAGCCACUGAAAGACUUGAAAGAGAGACAAUGGUCCCGUGUUCGAAAUCGCAGCAAGACUUUUGCUACAGCUGAUCGGGGUGAGGUUAUGACGUCCUUGGAAAACGUUGCACGCCAGACUCGACUACAAUUGAUUGAGAGGACGAACUACUACGACGCUUUCAAGCAUCAUCAGCAUCCCAUCUAUGGUGUUGGUCUUUGCGGCAGGCUUGAUGUACCUCUAAAAAGUAAGGUCCUGUCACGCUGUGAUUUGCACGGCUCGAAAGGCAGGUUCUGGGAAAGAGAACCUGUGCUUGGCUCAAUUAAUUUGGUUCAGUCACUGGAAACACGAUCCCUUGCUAUGCAACCAUUCAUCGAGCAGUAUGCAUGCAUAACACCUGCAGCUGUCGCUAUAGAUCUUCCCGUCACUGUCAUGGGUGGAUCGAGAAGCAAUGCCAUUCGCCAACAGCAAGCCAUUCCGUCGUACGAUCCUUUCCAUCAGGCUCAGAUGAAGUUGUCCAUUGCUUUUCCUGACAAGCGACUUCUGCAAUACGAUUGUGGUAAACUUCAGCGUCUUGACAAGUUAUUACGACAAUUGCAAGCCGGCGGUCACAGGGCGCUCAUCUUCACUCAGAUGACAAAAGUCCUUGACAUACUCGAACAGUUCCUGAACAUACAUGGCCACAGGUAUUUGCGGCUAGACGGUGCGACCAAAGUCGAGCAACGCCAGAUUCUCACCGAGCGGUUCAACAACGAUACGCGCAUCCUAUGUUUCAUCUUGUCUUCUCGAUCUGGUGGUUUGGGAAUCAAUCUUACUGGUGCUGAUACUGUCAUCUUCUACGACCUCGACUGGAAUCCAGCUAUGGAUAAACAAUGUACUGAUCGAGCACAUCGUAUUGGUCAAACGAGGGACGUACACAUCUACCGAUUUGUGUCCGAGCAUACUAUCGAGUCCAACAUCUUGCGGAAGGCGAACCAAAAGCAAUUGCUGGACGACGUUGUCAUUCAGGAAGGUGACUUCACGACUGACUACCUCAACAAAGUUACAUACAAGGACAUGCUCGACAACGAUACUGCUGAGGAUGAUGUAGCUGGCGCAGCUAUGGACAGGGUGCUCGGGGGUGACGUGUCCCAGGGAAAGCAUAAAGCGAGUGUACUUGAGCAAGCAGAGGACAGGGACGAUGUCGCUGCUGCACGAGUUGCAGAGAAGGAGGUCCAAAAUGCUGACGACGGGGACUUUGACGACAAACCCGUUCUGCCAACAGAUUCAAUUAGUGGGAGGAAGAGCACACUCGAUCCAUACAACGCUACCAACGCCGCAAUCGAGGCAGUUGACGCGCUAAACGAUGACGGUAUAGAGCACAUUGACGACUAUAUGCUACGACUGCUGCAGCACUUGUUAAGAGAUGUUCCCCUGGUUGUCAGGGAUAGAGAUAGAAAUAGGAGAGGCAAAAAUAGGAAGAAAGGCGGCGAUGGUCGUCGGCGGUAG